AUGGGGCCCCCGGGCAAUAGGGGAUCAUGGGACCCUUGUGUCCUUGCCCAAACUCAAAAAAGCCUAUGAAAAAGUAUUGGAUUAAUACAUGUUUAAUUGGAACUCUUAUUCACCUAUUACUUGACAAGCAAUCACUGAAUAUGAUCAUUGGAGGCAGGGAAGAGAAAUAAGUUAGAGUUACACCAGGGGCUGACUGACAAAUCAUGGGGCCCCGGGCAAUAGGGGAUCAUGGGGCCCCUGUGUCCUUGCCCAAACCCAAAAAAGCCUAUGAAAAAGCCAAUGAAAGGUACCAGGAGCAUCUCAUGGGGCCCCCUACUGACCCCGGGCCCUCAGGCAGUACCCGAGUGCUCGAAUGGUCAGUCUGCCCC